GUGUGCGGAGCACGUUGUUGUUUUCUACGUAAGAUUCGUUUUGAAUAAAGUUUAAAUAAAAAUGGAUAAAAUCUUCACCGAACACGAAUGGGAAGAUGACGAUACAGGUGGAGGUGCUGGAGCAACAAAUUUCAGCUUCGUCAAGACGAAGCCCCCCAAAAAAGACCGCAAGAAACAGAAGAAAACCGAACAAUCGGUAGAGUCUUCCGAGCCGGGACGAUUCGUACGAGCUCCGGCGGCAACUGAAGAAACGGAAGUGCCGUCCAAGAAGUCCCGCAAACGAGCUGCUGCCGAAUCGACACAAGAACAUCACUGCAAAAACCAGAAUGGCAAGCUCAUGAAGUCCAAGGAAGGUCAACCAAACCAGGUUGAGUCUCAGAAAGUCCCUGCCAAAAAUGGUACUAGAAAACAGAACGGUUCCGUCGUACCCCCCACGGACUUUCGGAGCAAACUGGUCGAAAGUUUGAAGGGCUCACGGUUUCGAUUCCUGAACGAGCAACUCUACAAAACGACCGGCGAGGAGGCGAAGAAGCUCUUCCAUCAGGAUCCGGCCGCGUUCCAGGCGUACCACGAAGGCUACCGGCACCAGAUCGUUCAGUGGUCCAUUAACCCGCUGGACCGGAUCGUCAAGAGUAUCAAGAAGUUACCGGAAAACUACAUCGUGGCGGACUUUGGCUGCGGCGAGGCUCGCCUCGCGGAAUCUGUCCCCCACAAGGUGUACUCGCUGGAUUUGGUGGCCGCGAACGACAGCGUGAUUGCGUGCGACAUGGCAAACACCCCGCUCGAGACGAACUCGAUCAACGUGGUCGUGUUUUGCCUGUCGCUGAUGGGAACCAAUUUGAGGGACUUUUUGCUGGAGGCGAACCGAAUCAUGAAGACUGGGGCUCUUCUGAAGAUUGCCGAGGUGUCGUCUCGGUUCGAUGACGUCAAAGAGUUUGUGGACAACGUGCAAAAGUGUGGCUUUCUGGUCGAGAACAAGGAUCUGAACCAUAAGCUGUUCUACUUCUUCCACUUCAAGAAGGUUCGUACGGUGGACAAGUCGUCGUUCAAAGGUAAGCACUUUAGUUUGAAGCCUUGUUUGUACAAGAAGCGAUGAUUUCUGAGAGGA